GUCAAGCGUGGGUCUACCAGAAUAGCAUCACAGAAUUUUAAAUUUUAAAUUUAAAUUCGUGUAAGUUUCGCGUGACUUUUGCCAGUGCGGUGCAGUGUUAACGGAUUUAAUCGAGAGCUUUUAAAAAAUUAAUAAAUAAAAAAAACACUCAUAGGAUGAGCGAGCCGGAGAAGAGCGAGAAGAGCGAGAAGAGCGAGGACAAGCAGGAGAUCGAGCAGGAGGAGCGCGACAAGAUCCUGAACGAGGAGAACAGGCGGGAACAGGACGGCCCCGAGGGACAGGGCGAGGUGCAGAAGAUGAGGAAGGCCCUGGAGGAGUGCGAGCAGGACCGAGACAGCAAGCGGCGGCCCCCCAUCGGCGGCAUCAAGAUGCCGGGCUUCCUCAAGAGCAGGUCGCGCGACAAGUGCAAGGACGAGGAUCAGGACGUGGAGGAAGGCAAGGACCUACUGCAGGACUCCUCCGUGCCCGCCGUGACCACCGCGCACGGCAAGGAGCGUGACGACAAGGGCGCGGCAGGCAGCAGGAAGCCACUGCUGGCCUCCAUCAUGAUCAACAACCCUUUCGGCAAGAAGAACAAGGACGGCGAGCAGGGGGGGGCGGCCGGCCUCGCCUCCAUGGAGACCCUGGACGACAGCUCGGUGCUGGAGAAGGCGGGGGACCAGGGCGACGACGGCAUGGAGAGCGUCAAGCUCGACUCCGACGACAAGCUGGACGUGGAGAAGGGGGACCCCGGGGACGGCGCCCAGAAGCCGUUCUGGCCCGUCCGCUUCGACGUGCGCAACAAGUUCCACCUGAUAAUAUGUGCCGCGGUGGUGUUCUUCGUGCUGCUGGUGGUGGUGGUCGCGGUGGCCGCUUCGGGCCAGCAGAGGACCUGGCCGGCGCCCCUGGACACCAGUCCCUUCGCCACGGCCUACACCACCUGCGGUCCGGUGCAAGGGUGGGCGGAGGGCGGGGCCUACGUGUUCCGGAACAUCCCAUACGCGGCUCCGCCGGUGGGCGAGCGCCGGUUCCUGCCCGCGCAGCCGCUGGACGACAUCAGGUACUGCUGGAACGGCACCCUCGCCACGCACGCCCCGCCCAAGCCGUGCCUCCAGGCGCUGGCCAACGGCAGCCUGCACGGCUCGGAGGACUGCCUCACGCUGGACGUUUUCACGCCGCGCGUCGGCUUCGAGAACCCCGUGCCGGUGGUGGUGCUGGUGGCGGCGGAUACGCUGGCGCGCGGCAGCCCCGUGGACACGCCGGCCCCCGGGCUGGUGCGCGCCCGCGACGUGGUGCUGGUGCGCCUCAACUUCCGCCUGGGCGUGCUGGGCUUCCUGGCGGCCGAGGCGCUGGCGCAGUCCGUGCACCCACCCACCGCGGGCGACUACGGCCUGUCGGACGUGCUGGUGGCGCUGCAGUGGCUGCACAGCAACAUCCAGGCGUUCAAUGGGAACAACAACUCGGUGACGCUGCUGGGGCAUGGCGCGGGGGCCACGCUGGUGACGGCACUCUACGUGCAGCCGCGCGCGCGCCGCCUGUUCUCCCGCGCGUGGGUGUCCGGGGGCUCGGGCGUGCUGCCGCGCGAGGGCGAGGGGUCCGGCGAGGCGUACGAGCGCUACGUGCGGUCGCUGCCGUGCGGCCAGGACCGACCGCUCGCCUGCCUGCGCCGCCUGGACGCGCGCACCCUGCUGGAGCGCGUCCCGCCCGAGUGGUCCAGGCCGUUUGAGCGGCUGGACGAGCCGCGCCACUCCUGGCUGGUGGUGGACGGCGUGUACCUGCGGGAUGGCUUCCAGGACGCCUGGGCCGCCGUGGAGGGCCUGCCCGUGGUCGUGGGGGCCGCGGCGCUCGCGGACGUGCCGAGCGUGGAGGGCCCGCCCGAGGCCUGGGACGCGGACGACGGGCGGCUGGUGCGCGAGCGCCUGGCGGGCGGCCCGCUGGCCCAGUGGGCGGAGGAGGUGGUGCGUCGCUACGGCGCCACCUGGCGCGGCUACGUGUCUCUGAUGUCGGACCUGCGCACCGUCUGCCCGCUGGCCGAGCUGGCGCGCCGCCAGCCUCGCGCCGCCUUCUACCUGGCCAACCACACACGCCCGGGUGACGCCCGCGCCGACCUGGACGCCAUCCUGGGCGUGCAGGCGCCGGGCGACGAGCACUUCGCCGCGGCCCUGCAGGAGCUGUUCUACGGGUUCGCGCGGGGCUCGGCGGGAGCCCUGGAGACGCUGUACGGGGAGGGCGGCCCGCAGCACAGGCGGGGCCGCGACUCGGUCGUGGUCGUGGGCGAGCGCGCAGUCAGGCACUCCGACCUCCGGCACUGCCCCUACUGGGCGGCCAGGGACGCCGUCCGCAAGUUCGCCCGGCGAGACUGA